CGACUACGUUCAGAGGGUGAUAUCUCUUAUAUUAUCGGAUUUUAUUCCCUUUGGCUCAGAGGCUAUAUCCGUUGCCUAACAAAGAUUUCAAUAAACGAUUUAUACCCCGUCUAGUAUCCCAGCCAGUUGGUGAGCUGAAACUUCACAAUGGCACCUUCGUUGGAGGAGCCAACGCCAGGCCUGGACGCGGCGUCGAACCUGGUCGCACCGGAGCCAGCAGAACACUGCCCCGGACCCGAAUCCGAGCAAGCCGGCAAAGGCGACGCCUGCGCCGGCUGUCCCAACCAGAACAUCUGUGCGACCGCGCCCAAAGGCCCCGACCCCGACAUCCCGAUCAUCACCGAGCGCCUUUCGCAAAUCCGGCACAAGAUCCUCGUGCUCUCCGGGAAAGGCGGAGUCGGUAAAUCGACGUUCUCGUCCCUUCUCGCGCACGCGUUCGCCUCCAACCCCGAUUCGACCGUCGGAGUGAUGGACACCGAUAUCUGCGGGCCGUCGAUACCGAAGCUGAUGGGCGUCGAGGCGGAGACGAUCCACGUGAGCAAUGCGGGCUGGAGUCCCGUGUGGGUGACGGAUAACCUGGGCGCGAUGAGCAUCCAGUUCAUGCUGCCGAACCGGGACGAUGCGAUUAUCUGGCGCGGGCCGAAGAAGAACGGGCUCAUUAAGCAGUUUUUGAAGGAUGUGGAUUGGGGAGAGCUCGAUUACCUGAUUGUUGAUACGCCGCCGGGCACCUCGGAUGAACAUCUGUCGGUUAAUUCGCUGUUGAAGGAAUCUGGUGUUGACGGCGCCGUGCUCGUCACGACGCCCCAGGAAGUUUCCCUGCUGGAUGUGAGGAAGGAGAUUGAUUUCUGCCGCAAGGCUGGGAUUCGCGUCUUGGGAUUGGUGGAGAACAUGUCGGGCUUCGUCUGUCAGAAUUGUUCGACCGAGUCGAAGAUCUUCCGGGCCACGACGGGAGGAGGAAAGCGGUUGGCGAAGAAAAUGGGGAUUCCUUUCCUGGGGGCGGUGCCGCUUGACCCGCGAGUCGGGAUGGCCUGUGACUAUGGGGAGAGUUUCGUGGACAAUUUCCCGGACAGCCCGGCUUCGCAGGCUAUUAGGAAGGUUGUGCGCUCGGUUGGACAGUUGGUUGGGGAGAAUCCGGACGAUGUGCUGCCGGAGGAUACGGCUUAG